CCAGCGCUUUUACACGGGAAGACGGAAGAGCAACAAUGGCUCAGCGAUCGCAUCCGACGGAGAUCAGGUGCAUCGCCCGCGACGACCUGUCCGAGGGCGGAGCCGGCGAGAGAGCGGGGGCGGUUCGAGGACCCCUCCCUCCUCCGCACCACCACUCGCCCAAUAGUCCUCUUCGUCCCUUCGACGACAUCCUCGCCCUUGCCCUCGGCACCUCUGUCGGACUCCUCUUCAUCCAUUCUGCCGGAGGCGAUCUGAUCCACAAGCAGGCAUCGAUUUCCCCAAACCCCCAAAACCAUGUGGAAUCACAGAAGCUUCCAUUUCUGAGGAACUCUGUGUGGUGUUGCCUAGCGUUGUUGCCCGCUUCGAAGGCCACUUUUCCUAAGAUCGCCUAAUUGUGCGGUGCCGCAAUCGCUGAAUUGUGAAUUAAGUGGGGCGAUAAAACUAUGAAGAUGCGAACUGUGAUGGAAGACCACUCUUCCUGAGAGUCUCUUUCACCUUCGCUACCCUGCCGACCAAGUUACGGCAGUCCGGUUUGAAGAUGCCACGGACGAUUGCAGGGAAGGGGGCUCGGUAGACGAUGGUGAGAUCUAGUGUAAAUCGGUCACGGGUUAGACUAGUAGUCAAGUCUAACUUAAAUCGGUGCCGCAAACCCCACGUUGUAUUGAUCAAUUCAAACUGCUCCGUUGAUUUAUCGAGCACGAUAUUUCAAUUCCGUAGAAUUUAAGACCGUGUAUUAGUCUUUAAAUUCUGAGACUGAUCUCGUGGUCCACAGACAAAUAGAUUAAAAAACGAAUCACUUAUCAUUAUAGCUGGAUGAUCAUAAUUGAUUAUUAUGAUUUUUUAAAUUUAUCAUUCUCUCAUGUUAAAUUUCAUUUAAAAUUGUGAGAAGUGAAUAAAUGAUCAGGUUAUUAGGCGUUGAGUGAAAGACGACCUUUGAGUAGAUCGUCAGUUUUAAUCUAAAGUAUAAUCUGAUGAGGAUGAUGAAUUUAAAAAGAUCAUAAUUAAUUAUGAUCGAAUCAUAAUUAUAAUAAGAUUACGAUUCAACCGUGCUCUAGUUUUUUGUUUUUAGCAGAAGAUCUACUCCCGUAAAUUCCCCGGUUAAGUUCCACAUGUUUGACCAGUCACGGAUUCAGACUGAAUGUUAAAUAUGUGAAUUAAUUCGACUAGAUUUACAACUCCCAAAUCCAAACGGCGAUUCUUGCCCAUCAAUUAUACUCGAUCCGCUCUUCGUCGUCCAAUCCCCGCCGCCGCCGCCAUGUCCAAUCCCGCACAACCGACGCCGGAUUGGUGGUCGAGGCCCUCCGACCAGGGCCGCAGCAGCUCCUACGACAUGAGCUCGGGCAUCCUCGCCACCGGCCUCAUCUCCCUGGCGCUCGUCGUGGCCGUACUCGUCUUCCUCCACUUCUACGUCCGCUACGUCCUCCGCCGCCGGUACCCUCGCGGAGGCGGCCGCAGCAGCCUCACCACCGCCAUGGACUUGUUCCGUUUCGACUCCGCCGUCGCCGGCCUCGACCAGACCCCGGGAGCCGCGGGGCUCGACCCCGCAGCCAUCGCCAACCUCCCGUCCUUCCCCUAUCGGAAGGCGAACGGCGAGGAGGAAGAGGAGGCCUCCGGAACCGGCGGACCAGAGUGCGCGGUGUGCCUUAGCGUGGUCGAGGAAGGAGAAAUGGUCCGGCGGCUACCUGCGUGCAAGCACGUGUUCCACGUGGGCUGCGUCGACAUGUGGCUGGCGUCGCACGUAACCUGCCCUGUCUGCCGCGCCACGGUGGAGCCGACGUCACCCGACGCCGCAGUGGUAGAAGUAGGGGAUCCUUCUCGGCCGGCAGCGACAGCGGAGAAGUGGCCAUCUCAGGAAGGACCGUCGGGGACGAAGGAGGGUGGGUCGGGGUCGUUUCGCUUCGACUUGAGCGCGUCGCUGAAGAGGAUGGUGAGCCGGAAUCGGUCCUCUUCGAGCCAGCAAGUGCAGGAAGAAACCACGGAAGAUUUGCCGCAGGAAGGGACGUCGGGGACGGAGGAGAGCGGGUCGCCGUCGUUUCGCUUCGACUUGAGCGCGUCGCUGAAGAGGAUGGUGAGCCGGAGUCGGCCCUCGUCGAACCAGCAAGUGCAGGAAGAGACAACGGAAGAUCUUCCGCCUAAUCUAGAGAGAUUGUGAUUGAAUUGCAGCAGUGGACAAUAAGCUCCUGGCAAAUAGUUUGUUUCAUUACGUGUGUGUAUAUCGAGAUUAAUAGUUAGUAUUGUUCUGUGCAGAAAAUUUCAUAAAAUCAAACGAGAAUUAUUUUUCAUUUAGCAA